AUGCAUGGCAAAAUACGAGUCCUCCUCACUUCUGCCCUCUCUUUUCUGCUCGGCCUCAGUUUUCCAUUAAUGGCAUGGAAAGCUCUCUCCAUCCUGACCGCAUCGCCCUAUCCGAUCAUGUGUGUGAUCUCCGAGUCCAUGGCUCCAGCUUUCCACCGGGGUGAUCUCCUCAUCCUCUGGAACAGAUCAUCCUAUAUCAAUGUCGGCGACAUCCCCGUUGUAUGGUUCGCAGGAAAUCCAUACCCAAUGGUCCAUCGCGCUAUCCAAGUCUACCACCUCACUACUGAUGCGGAGCAAGACCACGGUGCGACGUCGAGACAGUUUAUUCUAACAAAAGGCGACAACAAUCAAUUCAUGGAUGUCCCGCUGUAUCCUCCAGGGCGAGAGUUUGUCUCAAGGGAUGAGGUCGUAGGGCUCGUAAGGGGCUAUGUGCCUUUGGUUGGCUGGCUGGUUAUUUGCUUGCAUGAGGUGGUUUGGGGCAAAUAUUUCAUCUUCUUAUUGGUAUUCUGCUAUAGUCUGUUUGGGUGA